CAUUUUUUUUUUUCUAGUUCUGCUCUUCGCAAAGGAACCAAUUGCGUCUACGUUGUGCGAUUGACAGAAUCAUGGAGGACGAGGAGCGACCCAGAAAGUUCGCAAAGUUGGGAAACGAAGGUGCCCAGGAUGCAUCGGACGCUGUGAUGACUGGCGCCGUGGGGAGCGUUUCCGACAACGCCGAUGCGCGCAACGAUGCCUCCAAACCGAGCGAUGCCUCUGAGCCGAGUGCAGGAAAUGGACAAACCGACCAGCAAGAAACGAAUGAACCAGCACCUACGAUGUCCAAGAACCAGUUAAAGAAACUUCGUCGCGACCAGCGUUGGGAAUCGGGGCGGGAAGAACGCAAAGUCAAGCGAAAAGAGAGAAUACAGGCAAAGAAGAACAAAGUACGCAAUGAAUGGGAUGAGGCAAGGAAGGCGGGUCCGGAAGCGGUAGAGAAACUGAGGAAGGAGAGAGAAUCGACCCGGUACCGAUUUCGCAACUCGACCCAGCUCCCUCUGACUCUGGUCAUGGACUGCGGAUAUGACGACCUGAUGAACGACAAGGAACGAAAGUCCCUCGCCCAGCAGAUCGCACGAUCCUACUCCGACAACUGCCGAUCCCCGUUCCGCGCUCAUAUGAUGAUAUCCUCGUUCGAGAAGUCGCUGAAAGAGCGGUUUGACACCGUGAUGAGGAAGACCCACGAAAAUUGGAAGGGCACCCGCUUCAUCGGGGAAGACUUUGCCGUUGCUGCCGAGCAGGCUAAAGAGUUGAUGCAGGGGCCUCAGGGCGGCGAGCUCGCCGGCGUUUUCGCAGACAUGGCGGAUGCGAAACCCGAAGAUGGAGAGGUCAUCUAUCUCAGCAGCGACAGCCCUAACACCUUGACCGAAUUGAAGCCGUACAGUACGUACAUCAUUGGUGGACUGGUUGACAAGAACCGGCACAAGGCGGUUUGCUACCGACAGGCUGUGGAAAAAGGAAUGAAGACGGCCAAGCUCCCUAUUGGAGACUACAUCCAGAUGUCGUCGCGUUCGGUACUGGCAACCAACCAUGUGAUGGAAAUCAUGCUCCGAUGGCUGGAGGUCAAGGACUGGGGAAAGGCGUUCAUGCAAGUGCUCCCUCAACGCAAAGGAGGAACCUUGAAAAACUCGGAGCGUGACUCGGAAGAUGCAGUGCAGCGCGGUGAUAGCGCGGAAGCUGAGGAUGAGGAUACCGUGGGGUCGGCUGUUUCUAUCAACCGGGUAGUGGCCCCGUUUAAACAACAACCAAACGCCUGUGCCGCCAGGGAAACCGCAACCAUGUUUAUGCUCCGCAACGUGAGCAAGUACAUCUUCGGAGACACCUCCAAGGAAUCCAUCAUCGAGAUUCCGCAAGGCCAGCUGUACCUGGUUCGGCCUCUAUCGCCAAAGGGCUACUCCGAACUUAUAUUCAAGGACGCCGCCGCCUCGAUCAGACGCACCGGUCAAGAUUUCCAAUACCAGCUUGUCAUUCAGAGAGCCUACGAGGAAGGCGAAGAGGAGCUGGCCGAGGAGGACGACGAACAGGGUGGCAGUGACGGCUUGGACAAAGACGAGAAAACUUUUCUUCUGGACCAGGCUCUACACUUUCGCUCCGAGGUCCGUGAAGGCGGUGUCAAGAUUCUGGCGUGGAGGGACUUGAGCGGUGAUAUUGGCGACCUUUUCGAAUUUGUCUGCGACCCCUCGGUGCCUUCGGAUAAGGUAGCCACCUUCGAGUUGGCUGCGCUGCAGUGCCAGUACGAACGGAAAUAUCGACGCAGCUCCCAGCGAGCUACGGAACAGGAGCUGCAGGAAUUUUCUUUUCAGGAGGAGCGACCCAUCCCUUCUGCGAGUCCUAUCGCUUCGCCUACCAAGUCUCGUGCCCACUCGUCAGCGUCCGGAGACUCGACAGCGGCUAUGGUGAAAGACGUGGAAUACUCGCAGGCUAAGGGCCAAAUUAAGCCUGCCGGCGACGGUGAAGAGCCUACCGUGGCUCCUCCCUCCGUGGCUCAACCUGAGGCUACAGAAAUUCUUGCCAAGGAAUCGGCGGAACUGCAUCUUUUCGACUUCCAGUCUAGUACUUUCGUCCUCCAGGAUCCUAAGAUUGUGGCCACUGUGUCUGAAAUCGGCAACUGGCAAUACUGGCUCCAAAUUAGUGGUGACGAAAAGGAGUGGCUUGGCCAAGCCGUGGUUGCGGAUAUCAACCCCGUCUUCAAUUUCGAGUACCUCUCCUUCAUCUUCAACGCAUAUACUGAAAAUGGCUCCGCGUUCUCCUGGCUUCUGCGCUUCCAUGAUCAAGAAACGGAAGAGAGAUUCCAGGAGGGUCUCAUGCAGGCUCUUUGGGAGCAACUGAACGAGAUGAAGUGGACCAAGGUCAAAGAAACCGAGCGAGAGUAUGUUUUGGAUGCUUUCCAGGACCUCACCAUGGAGGAUCCCGAAACAGAAGAGCAACAGGCUGAAGAGGAAGAAGAAGCUUUCGAAGAGGAAGAUGAAGAGGACCAAGACGAUGGCCAGCGAAGCGAACAUUACGACAGCGACGAAGAGGAAGAUGAUGUGGUUACCCGUGAUACCGAUGGCAAUGUCAACUCUCAGCUUGCCGUUGGUUACAAACAUGAUCGGUCGUUUGUUGUGCGUGGCUCCAAGAUCGGUGUCUUCAAGCAUACUCCGAACAACAACCUCGAGUUCUCGACCAAUAUUUCGAAGGUGGAAACUCCUAAGGGCAAGUUGUUCAGCCCGAAGAAGGUCAUGUUGCAUGCAGAAGAUUCCAACAUGAUCCUCCAAAACGGCGAUGAUCCCAAUUCCCUUUACCGCAUGGACCUGGAAUACGGAAAGAUUGUCGACGAGUGGAAGGUCCAUGACGAUAUCCCAGUGCAUACCUUCGCACCCGAAAACAAAUUCUCCCAAAUGACCGCGGCCCAGCCUUUCGUUGGUGCCUCCAAAAAUGCGCUGUAUCGUAUUGAUCCUCGUUUAUCGGGCAACAAAUUGGUGGAUGCGGAUCUGAAGCAGUAUGCCAGUAAGAACGACUUCUCGUCUGUUGCUACCACCGAGAAGGGAUACCUCGCUGUCGCAUCUAACAAGGGUGAUAUUCGGAUGUUCGACCGCCUGGGAAUUAACGCGAAGACUCACAUCCCUGCCCUUGGAGAGGCGAUCAUCGGCCUGGAUGUAUCUGCGGAUGGUCGCUGGGUAUUGGCCACCUGCCGAACUUAUCUCCUUCUGAUCGACUCGCUCCAAAAGGAUGGCAAGAACGAAGGCAAGCUUGGAUUCGAGCGCUCGUUCGCCAAGGACUCGAAACCCCAACCUCGGCGUUUGGGUCUUCAGCCUUCACAUGUUGCCCAAUUCCAGCAUGAAACCAAGAAGCCGAUUGCCUUCACGCCUGCUCGCUUCAACACCGGAGUUGACAGCGAAGAAACGUCUAUUAUCACGGCGACGGGUCCUUUCAUCGUCACCUGGAGCCUGAAGAAGGUCGUCGCCGGCCGGAAAGACCCCUAUACCAUCAAGCGAUACUCCGAGGAAGUCAUGGCGGACAACUUCCGAUUCGGAUCGGAUAAGAACGUCAUUGUCGCCCUUCCUAAUGAGGUCAACAUGGUUGCGAAGAAGAGCCUUCAGAGACCUACUCGUGAGAGCAUUGCAGGCCCUCCUGUUACCCCGAGUCGUCGGAACACGCGUUGGGGAAGCCGGCUGGGACGAGAGGAAAUCGUUAACUCUCCUUAUUGAUCCAGCUUGGUCGGAUUGGUUGCUUUGGUGGUAGCACUGUUUUGUUCCUUUGUUUCUUUUUUUUCCCUUCUCGGUUAAUUUAUUUACACCCCAUACCCCAGUUCGGGAGUUUUAGUAAUGCUGAUAUGACGGCUGAGUCGGACGGGACUGGCGAAAGGCGGUUUGAUUUCCGGCACUUUUAAUUUAGCAACUUAUAAUUUCCAGAUAGGUAGCUAAUCAAAGGUUACGAUUCACGAGAGAUCUGU